UCCUUUCCAUCGUCAUUAAUCGCAUCACUGCAAUAGUAGAGGUUAGUUGAGUCAGGGCGAUACUACUUCGGCGUCUUUAUCGAUGCAAAACGGAGCUUCCUUCGUGGCGGGUGGACCUGAAUUGUGACGCGGAUUGAGUGUUGCAGCGUUCUAGAAGUUGUCCCUAACGAGCAAGAAAGGAGGAGUUUUCGAUUCGUGGUGGCGGCUACGCUGGGGUUCUGGGAGCCCUGUCCCCUGCUUCCCCAGGCCCCACUGCCAGCCCUACAAACUUUCAGCCAUGCCGUCCAAAGAAUGAAUUUGGGGGAUCACGACUUGCUGUCUGCGCGGGAGCAGUUAUUCCACGAGAGGGUCCGAGAGUGUAUUAUAUGCACCCUUCUUUUUGGCAGUCUCUACAUCCUGUGCUACUUCAUCUUAACCUACUUCAAAAGGCACACAGAUUUCACUACAGUUGAUGAAGAUGCUGCAGUCAAUCGGAUUGCGCUGUGGCUGUGCACCUUUACUCUGGCUGUGUCCCUGGGGGCAGUGCUCCUGCUGCCCUUCUCCAUCAUCGGCAAUGAAGUCUUGCUUUCCUUCCCUCAAAAUUACUACAUCCAGUGGUUGAACGGCUCCCUCAUCCAUGGACUCUGGAAUCUUGUCUUCCUCUUUUCCAACCUCUCCCUCGUCUUCCUCAUGCCGUUUGCCUACUUCUUCACAGAAUCAGAAGGCUUUGCCGGAUCAAAGAAGGGGAUCAUGGCUCGGGUAUAUGAGACCUUUGUAGUCCUGCUGUUGCUAACCCUGUUGGUUCUGGGAAUGGUCUGGGUUGCCUCUGCCAUUUUGGACCAGGACGGGGCAAGCAGAGAAAGCCUCUAUGAUCUCUGGGAGUAUUACCUUCCCUACCUCUACUCCUGCAUCUCCCUGUUUGGUGUCCUCCUGCUCCUGUUGUGUACACCCUUCGGUCUGUCGCGGAUGUUCACUGUCACAGGGACACUGCUGGUAAAGCCCAGGCUCCUGGAGGAUUUAGAUGAGCAACUGAGCUGCACGGGAUUUGAGGAAGCUGCCAUUUCUCGCAAGAUCAAUUCUGGGAAAACAUCCUGCUGGCUCAAUUUUGAUAUGGAAAUGUUGAGACAACAAUAUCUAGCCAUUCAUGCACACAGGAUAACACUAGAAACGCGCCGCAAAGCUUCCGCUUGGCAAAGGAACCUGGGCUAUCCAUUGGCUAUGCUGUCUCUGCUGUCGUUGACAGGUAUCUCUGUCCUGGUUGUCUGCUUCCAUGUUCUGGAGCUGCUGUUGGAUGAUGCUGCAAUGCCUCGAGGAAUCCAGGAUGCACCACUUGGAAAAGUUUCUUUCUCUGUCUUUGGCUCUUUUGGGGCAGCCAUGCAGGUCAUUCUGAUAUUUUAUUUAAUGAUCUCCUCUGUUGUGGGAUUCUAUAGCUCCCCAUUUUUCAUUAAACUGCUGCCUGAGCAACACAACACAGCUAUGACUAAGAUCAUUGGAAACUGUGUCUCUCUCUUGGUGUUGAGUUCUGCACUUCCUGUGUUGUCUCGCACGUUGGGGAUUACAAGAUUUGACCUGCUGGGAGACUUUGGGAGGUUUAACUGGCUGGGAAACUUCUACAUUGUUUUUCUCUAUAAUAUACUCUUUGCCGGACUCACAACUCUCUGCUUGGUCAAGAAGUUCACCUGGGCUGUACAGGCAGAACUCAUCAGGGCAGUUGGCCUCCACAAGCUGCCUCUACCUGUGACCCGAUCUUACCAACCAAGCAAACUCAGCUAAAAUAAGGAUUGCGCCGGGAUUGAGCUUGGCAUUGACUAUGGAUAGACCUUUCUGACUUUGUGCUCGUGUUUUGAGCCAAUCAGUGAAGGGGGCGGAGGUCAGGAACUUCCUUGUUCUGAUUCUUGAUUUGACUGGCAUCCUGAGAGGACCGUGAGAUGAAGAAGUUGCGUCCUUCAGUUGUAUGGCCCCUUGUACCUGCCUCCCAGAAGCCUGAAGAACAACAAGCUUCAACACAAGAAAGGCCUUCGGGACUUCUAUUAAGGUGCUUUUCUGGCAAGAGAAAGAGAAUAUACUGUUCAUAAAAAAAAAAAAACCCAACCCAGCAGAAUCAAGGCAGCAGAAGUAGGUUAUGAAGAGGACAAAGGACUGAGACCGAUAAAUAAAAUGAGCUGCUGGACUUAUUUUUAGGGGGCAAGGUGAAGGUUCAGCCUACUGGAGAAAGAGCUUGUGUCCCUCAUCAUGAUAACAGAUGCUGUCGUUCUCUAUUAUUGGGGCUUUCCCCUUUCCUUUUGUUUACAUGUCUUAAAGUUCAUACCUACCCUGGCCUCUCUCUCUCACAAAAUCCUGUGGUCCAAAGGGGCCAAUUCAAGUUUUGAGUGGUUUUUUAAAUUUGGUUUCGUACCUCACUCAAGUGCAAUAUAAGUUGGCACUAUUGGGCCACGUAUACCAUUCAGCAGCCAACUUGGUAUGUUUGUGUGUAUGUGUGUGGACGGGGUUGUUUGAAUUUUGAGCGUGUGUGUCAAGAAUGACUACUGUAACGUGUUAUGCUUUGCUCUUUCACAGCAAUAGUUGUCAACAUAGGAUCCAAUCAAUUUCUCCUUGAUCAAUUUUUCCAGAAUGAUUUAAUCCAGCCAGAAAGAAACCACUGCCAUGCCAUUAUGGGGCAGCCAAUCUUCUGAGUCCGAAGCUUAGGGUUCAAGAAUAUUCAUACGGCUCCUCUGUCAUCUUCUCAUUCAUGUCAGCUUUGUAGUAAAUUCCCCCUUGGGUGGACUUCAUGGACUACUUUGCCUAAUUUUCCCACUCAGAUUCUAUAAAGGGUAUCCCAGAGGCAUCGUCCAGUUCUCAUAAUAACUGGGCAGUUCCCAUUAUUGGUAAAUAUUGGUUGCUUUAGACAUGCAUGAAUAUUUGUGCAAUGGGGUAGAGGGAACUAUAUUCUUCCUUCCCCAACUAUUCAUAAUUGUUUGAGGUCUUUUUUUUAUUAAUGGCACUGGGGCCAUGGAAUGCCACCCCUGCUCCAAAGGUUUUCAGCUUAUUUUGCAUGGCUGGCAUUCUAGCCCCAUGUCUGUAUCUACUGUGAAUGCUUCCACUGGAAGUCUCUCAGCCCUUGAAUGCUUGACCAGAUGCCCCCUUAUAUUCUGCUUUCAUUGAAAUUACACAAAGCUUAAUCCUUCAUUUUAUGGCAGAAAACAGUAAACAGGUUGGCCAUAAAUGGGGAGAUGGGCAUCAGAUGAGCCAGCAUUGAACAAAACGGUCAUUUAUCAUCAAGUAGGCUGAGUUGCAAGCAUACUCUUUUCCAGCAUCAAGGCUUCUGUUGUAGAUAGGUAGGGUUAGCAAGCCUCACAGCUGCCCUUUGUGCAUAACUCAGAGGACUGAAGGUUACAUUGUGAUGACAAUGAGCCACUUGUCUCCAUAGUUGUUAAAGCUGGAGCUGAAAAAAGUUCAAUGUUUCAAACUCUGCAUUCUCCACAGAUCCACUUUUAACUUUGCCCAAAGAAAUACCUUCAGAUGUGGAUGUACUGUAUCUCCCAGAAUUUUCAAUCAACAUAUUCAAAAGCUUUGCAGGCUAUAAAUUCUAGGAUUUGCAGUCCCAAUCAGUCAGGUGGGCUAAAUUAGAAUAGGAAAAAAAUUGUGUGAAUCCAUCUGUUGCAGGAAAUAUGACAAUGUUUAUACUUCAGCUCAGACAGGACCAACUGUCUUUCUUGCUAUGUAGUGAAUGUCUGAUCUUAUUACAUGGAACUCCUAGCUGUGUAAGCAAUAAAUUGUGGUGUUUUUUUUUACAAAAA